AUGAAAUCUCUAACUUUUGAAGAUUUUUUGAGAAAUGCAAAUGAUUUUUAUAUUUGGAAUUUCCCAAAUACAAUUAGUGCAAUCGAUGGGAAGCACAUACGUUUAAAAUGUUCACCCAAUUCUGGGACAAUGUACUAUAAUUAUAAGCAAUCUUUUUCUAUUGUUUUGCAAGCGAUUGCAGAUGUUCAUGGAAAAUUGAUAAUUGUGAAAAUUGGAGGAUACGGAAAGCAAAGUGAUGAUGGCACUUUUCGUUCUUCACAAAUGUUUGAGUUAAUGAAAAAAGGAAAUUUAAAUAUUCCUACAAACUCUCCAUUAUCGAGAACAUCAAAUCCAAUGCCCUUUUUAUGCCCUUUGCACUUUGGAAAUGAAGCUUAUCCACUGUUACUGAAACCAUAUAAUCGAAAAAAUUUAGAUCCACAAACGGAGUACUUCAACUCUUGUUUUUCUAGAGCAAGACUUAUUGUAGAAUGUGCAUUUGGAAUAAUGAAUGCCAAAUGGAGAAUUCUUUGGAAACCAAUAGAGACAUUGCCUGCGUUUACUGACAAUAUUGUCAGGUGUAUAUGUGUUCUGCAUAAUGCAAUCAUUGAUUUGGAAGGGAAUGAAAUCCUCGAAAUGUUUAACGAGCACAAAAUUGUGAGAGAAGUGCAAUAG